UUUUUAUCAACCCGUUUGAUAUCUAUUGUUUUAUCUCGAGACAAUCACAUGUCGGUAGAAAGCUUCUCUAUCAAUAACACAAAUAGAAAUUAGUGGCAGUGUUAAAUACACGAAAAGCGAAAAUUUCCCGACGAAGACAUGGAGGACUUUAAACCUGUAAAUAUUGCCUAUAAUGUAUUUGAGCCAAGUAGUGGUGCAGAUGGCACAUUGUCCCCCAUUAUCUUCCUCCAUGGGAUCACAGCUUCAAAAGAAUACUGGAAUGAUAUACCUCAAAGAAUUGCAGAUAAAACCAAAAGAACGGCGUACACCUGUGAUGCAAGAAAUCAUGGAGAGAGCGAUUACAACGAUGAAUUUAGUUUUGAUCUGAAUAUUCAUGAUCUCCUUCACUUUAUGGACACUAAGAACAUUUCAAAGACUAUUCUAGUUGGACACAGCAUGGGAGGUGUGACGGCAAUUCAUGCAGCCCUGAAGAAACCUGAGAGAAUAGAGAAGAUUUUCGUGGAGGAUAUGUAUGUUAAGAGAUUUCCAAGAGCAUUCACAGAUGCUGGUUUACCUCUUCUAUGCAUGAGAAAAGAAAGUACUCAACACAUGCCGAAAGGAUUAAGUGAAAAAGACGCAAUGGAAUUUUCGAAUAAUUUUAUUAUCGAAAAGAUUCCAAAGGACAGUCCGUUAUAUUCAAAACUGGAUGACAUCCGUAAAUCUAGAGCAAGUUUCAGGAGAAACCCGGAUGGAAGUUUUGAGGUCAAUUACAACUUUGAUGUUAUUGCACGAGCUCUUAAAGACUAUGACACAUUAGCCAGCGAACCCGAAGGUCAUUAUGAUGGCCCAGCAUACUUUAUAUAUGGCCCAUUAUCCAUGUUUGCCGUAUACAAUGAGGAAGAAUCAAUCCGAAAGCAUUUUCCGAACGCUGAACUAAUUGGUAUUCCAGGUGCUGAUCAUAGUGUUCAUAUUGAAUUCCCUGACGAGUUUGUUGCAAGUGUUUUAAAAUAUCUGUGAUAAUAAAUGCUGCAUAACGAUUCAGUUCGUUGAGAGUGUUUUGAAAAUAUUUGUGAUACUAAAUGCUUCAAAACGAUUGAGUUUGUUGAAAGUGUUUUAAAAUACUUGUGAUAAUAAAAGCUUCAAAA